GCCAUAUUGACUGGCUGAUCGGAAAUAUAGCAGUUGUUGACGACGGUAGUUUUCAUUUUGGGGAAGAAUCCGUUUUCAUCUACUGUCGAUUGGUGUCCAAGCUAAAGAAAAGCACAACGCGAAGAAUAUACAAAACCCAGCCGACAGCAAUAACCGAGUAGUGGGAGAAGAAGGGACUCGGAAAGGUGAAAAAGACGAAGCGUUUGUUCGAAAUUUGGAAUCCUCCCUUGAGAGAAGUUAAGAAAGCCACCGGAGGGGACCCAGUUUUACUCGUUUUAUAUCGGUAGUUGUCCACGAAACCGAUUUUUUUCUCGUUAGCUGCGUUUUUAACCUGUUUGAAGUAAUGGCUUGUGGAGCUACUUUAAAAAGGACUAUGGAUUUCGAUCCCUUGAUGAGCCCAGCGUCCCCUAAAAGGAGGAGAUGUGCCCCGAUGUCCCCAUCGGCUUCCGCCUCUUCCCCGCAGAAAUACCUGCGCAUGGAGCCGUCCCCCUUCGGAGAGGUGUCGUCCAGACUCACCACAGAGCAAAUCCUGAACAACAUCAAGCAGGAGUACAAGCGCCUACAGAAACGCAGGCACCUGGAGAGCAGCUUCCAGCAGGCGGACGGUAUCUGCCUGGACUCACACCCUCACGCCUCCCUCCUGGGCGCAUCCUCCCUGCCAGGUACAUCCUCAGGGGCUUCCUCUCCAUCAAGAAAAGAGCAGCCUUUGUUCACCUUAAGGCAAGUGGGGAUGAUCUGUGAACGUCUGCUAAAAGAGCGUGAAGACAAAGUUCGGGAAGAGUACGAGGAGAUUCUGACUACAAAACUGGCAGAACAAUAUGAUGCCUUUGUGAAGUUCACACACGACCAGUUAAUGCGACGAUUUGGAGAGCAGCCUGCUAGCUAUGUUUCCUGAGUAAGGGCAGCGCUCUGCCAGGGUGCCAGUUUCCCUUUUGAUUGCUGCAAGCUGUCGAGCUGAAUCCCUGCGAAUGGCAUUUCCAGGGAUUUGGCUGAUUUAGUUGGACUUGUAGCAGUGCCAUACUUCUCCUCUGGGAACAAGCCGUUUCCAGCUUCUGUCAGUGGUGGCCACUUUCUCUGCAGCAACUGGUAUUUGGAGUGCUCCCCCACUGUCUGCAUAUAUGGACUUCUGCUACCUAUUACCCUACCAGUGGCCUCCUGUGUUUCAAUUGCUGUAUUCAUACUGAUUAGGCUUUUUCUGAUUACUUUUUUUAACAAUGUAUGGCAAUCCCAUCUCUGCCAUUGUUUGAUUCUUAAAAAUAUUUUUCUUGUGUAUCAUAAAGCGAUGUAGAAUGCUAUGUAAUUUUUUGCAAAUAUAUAUCUUAGGUUUGGGGGUGGGAAAGGUGGCUUAGUCACAAGACAAAAGGUUGAGCAUACCCCGGAUUGAUCUUUUGUACUGGACUCCAGAAGCUUGUAUCUGACGGUCAGACUUGCCAUUUGUUAAGUGAUACAUAAUUUUUU